AGCUUUAGCAUUCCUUGGUCACCAACCUCUUUUCUUAUUCUUGAUUCGAUAUCUUGCUUUCUUCUGUUUACUUCUUCCAAAUAUUCUCUCGACUCAUUCACAUCUUCAAUAAACUGUGUGUGAUAAUCUAAACAGUCUCAUGUCAGAUCACAGAUGCACUCGAUUGCUGAAAGGAGCAGCACAACUAUGUCUGCCACUGCAAAAGUUCUUGAAAUUUAAUAAUAUAUAUAGCAAUGAGGAUGAAGUCAUCUAGACGCUGUGUAUUAUAAAUGUAUAGAAGUGGCAGUGGAUGAAGGCCUGAGACCUAGUCGAAUAAUGAGGGAAGCUUGGAUGAAAUUUUGGUUUUAGUGGUGUGGUGACUGUGGUUCCUGUGGCUUUGUAGGAAUCAGUUGGUUUUCAGUACUGGCAAUGAUGUUGCAGAAAAAAUUACCAAACUUAUA